UGCUGAUGUUCGUAAAAUUUGAGCACGGCGGGCAACUGAUUCAGUCCGCAAGCUUCUCUUCAGAAAAGUGCCUGGAAUGUGUUCCUUGGCACUGUUCCCCCCUCCACUCCCUAGGGGACAGACCACGCUGUAUGAAUCCAACAAUGAGCUUGUCGCGGGAACGACAAGUGACAUCCUUCAAAAACAGGAGUCUGGUCCUUUGAGUCUUUACUUCCCACGGGAGUCAUUAAAGCCCCACAGUCGACCAGAGAGUAGCAGCAAGGCAGCCUUUCUGGACCACUGUGAAACACUGUGGAUGAGAAGUGCAUCAGCAUGGCGUGAUGCUGGUGUCUCUGGUGUCUUGGAUGAAAUUGUCAAUUCCAGUGCUGACGAGGUUCCCAAAUGGCUGACGAUGAGCUCUGGCUGUGUCCUGGCUUUGCUCCGCUGGGUCUCUUCAUUCCAUGGCUCUCUCUUUCCCCACCUCACAUUGAGCAGUGAAGAUAUGAUUGCUGAGUUUUCCCAAGUGCUCGACUGGUGUGACUGUGCGGUCCGGGGCUUUGCCUGGCACCCGCACACAGACAAGUUUGCUGUGGCUCUGUUGGACGACUCCAUCAAGAUCUACAACCCUAAAAGUGCCACAGCUCCCACCCUGAAGCACCGUCUGCAGCGCAGUGUGGCUGCAGUGCAGUGGAAGCCCCUGUGUGCUUCUGCCCUGGCUGUCGCCUGCCACAACUGCCUGUUGGUCUGGCAUGUGGACCCCAGCUCGCUAUCCACCAGACCGUCCGCCGGCUGUGCUCAGGUCUUGUCUCAUCCGGGACACUCGCCAGUGACCUCCAUCGCAUGGUCACCGAGUGGAUCUCUCCUGGUGUCAGCCUCCCCCGUGGACACAGCCUUGAUGGUGUGGGAUGUGGCAGCAGAGAGCUGUGUGCCUCUUCAGCGUGUUGGAGGGGGAGGGGUGACCUUCCUGUCUUGGUCUCCUGACGGCAGCCGUGUGCUGGCCUCUACUCCCUCUGCCCUCUUCAGGGUGUGGGAGACCAGGAUGUGGACCUGUGAGCGAUGGCCGUGUCUGAAGGGACGCUGUCAGUCGGGAUGCUGGAGCCCCGAUGGGAGUCGACUGCUCUUCACGGUGCAAGGAGAGACUGUUAUCUAUGCCCUGACCUUCACUGACACACCAGGGGCACCGUUGAGGAUGUCAGGAGGGCCGAAGGCAGCAGCCGUGGUGGCUGACCUGUCUGAGACCAGCUUCACAACACCAGACGGAGAAGAUGUGGUGGUAGGUGGAGAGGUCCAGUCCCUAGCGUGGGAUCCCAGUGGAGAGAGACUAGCCGUGCUUCUCAAAGGUUGUCCCCAAGCAGGAGACCGCCCUGCCAUGAUAGCUGUUUUCAAGACCCGAGCCAACCCCAUCUUUGAGCUGCUGCCAUGUGGUUUUGUCCAGGGAGAGGAGGGGGCGGAGCCCAGGCUGAUGCAGUUCCACCCCAACUUCCAGCAUGGGGCCCUGCUCACUGUGUGCUGGUCGAAUGGUCGGAUCACCCAUGUUCCUUUCUACUUCAUGAGUGCUGGAGCCCCCCAGCUUGGCCUAGGAGGCAGCCCCCCCCUCCCACAACCCCAGGCCAGACCUGCAGAAUACGCCAACCAGACUCUCUACACUGAGCUCAUCUCAUGACCACAUGCACUCCUUUUCAUAAUGUUUCAGAAAAAUACAUUUGUAUAAAGAAUUUAUUAAACUUUUUCUGAUUGAAAAUAUUGUCCUCUGAAUGUAUUUUAGACAAGAUGAAUAUACCUAAUGAACAAGUAGGAGAGAACACAUCACAGUUUCAUGUACAAAUGACUAAACCAUUACAAUCAGGAUAUCAUUUAGUUUUCUUUAUUUAUGCCUAUUUGGUGAAACAAACAGAAUCCAACCAUGCUUGACUCCGCCCUGAAACCGGAGAAUGAAUACAGUACUUUCAUUCUUGUGUUGUGAGAUUCUAUUGUAAAAGCCUCCCAGGCUCACACGCAUGCACACAGUCAGACACCAUGCACUAACUCACAGCCAGGAGAUUAGGUGACCAAGAGAAAACACAACUACAAAACAUUUGAAGUACGCAAUGGGCUCAGUAAAAAAAAUUGUAUUCCAACAUGUACGUAUUUAUUCAGAAGAAACACAAUUAAAAAUCAACUUCAUUGUUACUUGGUUUUUCCUUUUAUUUCCAAUUUACAUCAAUUAAAAGUGUAACAAAAUAGACAAAAACAAAACAAA